GCUGCACGUCAAACUCGAGUCUCAGUACUUUACUUUUGAGAUAUAUUUCUAUCUUGUGGUAUUUUUUUUCACGUCCGACGUUGCCGUGCCACUGAAAAUACUGCAAUUCCAUUGGUAUCCGAAACCCCGCCAACGGAAAAUUGAGCGUUGUCUGACGUACAUUAACUUGCAUCGUCCAUACCUCACACAAUACGCAGAUGACCUAACAACUAGGCACUUUAAAAUUGAUACCCAUAUAAAUCGCCCCCAUCAUGCCUAGCUUCGUCCUCGAGACUGACCACGGUUUGAUCAGCAUAACCGACACGGGUCUGAAGAAUGACAAGCCCGCCCUCCUGCUCAUACACGGCAACUCCUCUUCUUCAAAGAUUUUCCGCCACAUCCUAGAAUCCAAGGCUCUCACAGAACGCUGGAGAAUCAUUGCAUUCGACCUCCCUGGCCACGGCGCAUCUUCCAACGCCCCCGAUCCUGACAAGACUUACUGGAUGCGAGGCUACGCCGACCUCGCCAUGCACAUCCUGCAGCACCUUAACAUUCCUCGCGUUGUAGUCUUUGGGUGGAGUCUAGGAGGCCAUGUAGGCAUAGAAAUGGUUCCUUUGCUUGCAUCCAUUUCCUCUCCACCUAUCGAAAUCAAAGGCCUCAUGCUUACUGGAACACCACCCGCCCUUGGUAAAGAGCAGAUGAAACGGGGAUUCAAAUUUCAGGACGGGGACUUAGGACUAGCGGGGAAGAAGGACUGGAGCGAGGAGGAAGCGCAGGGGGUUGCGAGGUAUAGUGCGGCGGCGGGCAAGGAAGAGUGCUUUGAGGCGUGGAUGUUGGAAGAUGCGCGAAGGACCGAUGGGAGGGCGAGAGUGAUAAUGAGUCGCAGGCUUGCGGGAAAUGAAAGCGAAGCUCCUGCUGGCGUUGACCAGAGAAAGGUAGUAGAGACGGAAGAGGUUUUGAUUGCUGUGGUGAACGGUGGGGCCGAGCAGUUCGUGAAUCUUGAUUACUUGGAUGACCUUCGGUGGAGGAGGUUGUGGAGAGGCAGGUGUAUUGCACUGGAGGGUUUGAAGCAUGCACCGUUCUGGGAAAGGCCAGACGAGUUCGAAGGGUUACUAUUGGAGUUCAUGGGAGACUGCGAGAAGGAGGUCUGAAGUAGCACGGGUUGUCUUUCAUAUGUCACAUGGACUUGAGGAAGAAAGAAGGCUGAUUCACCAGUGUUAACAUGCCAUGAAGGAAAAUUUAAGAGCUAUUCGUAUCAUGGUGGUAUCAUAUGUAAAGAGAACAGCCCUCGUCGUAUUGGGAGUGUUUAGUCUCAUCAAAAAUACAGCACAUUCAUUAAACUG